CAAAUAAAUUCCACGUGGCAAAAUACUGAGUUAACUUACACUUCUUCACUUACACUUUCCACAUCACACACGCCUCUCUAUUACCCUAAAACCACACUCUAAGCUCUUCCUCUUCCCUCGAAUUUCGGCAAAUCUCAUCGGAUUAAGACUGAUCACUAUGUACGGACGUGAUCCAUGGGGCGGUCCUUUGGAGAUCAAUGGGGCGGACUCUCUCACCGACGAUGAUCGUAGUCGAAACCUACAAGACCUUGACCGUGCGACUCCUUCGCGGCCACUUGACGAAACGCAACAGAGUUGGCUUCUUGGACCAAAAGUGCUGAAGAAGAAGAAGUACGUCGAUCUUGGAUGUAUCUUAGUCAGCCGCAAGAUCUUUCUCUGGACCCUUGGAACCAUUGUAGUAACCGCGCUUCUCUCUGGAUUCAUAACUUUGAUCGUUAAAAAAUUGCCACACCACAACCACAAGGAACCACCACCGGAUAAUUACACAACCGCUCUCCGUAUAGCUCUUAAGUUCUUCAAUGCUCAACAAUCUGGGAAACUUCCAAAGAACAACAAUAGCGUAAAGUGGAGGGGUGAUUCUUGUCUACAAGAUGGGAAGGGAGAUCCAGGACAAUACUACAAAGAUUUGGUAGGAGGCUACUAUGAUGCUGGAGAUUCUAUCAAAUUCAACUUCCCAAUGUCUUAUGCUAUGACCAUGUUGAGCUGGAGUGUAAUCGAAUACAGCGCAAAGUACGAAGCUGCUGGCGAGCUUGACCAUGUUAAAGAACUCAUCAAAUGGGGAACUGAUUACUUUCUCAAGAGUUUCAAUAGUAGUGCUGAUAACAUCUAUGCUAUGGUGGAACAGGUAGGAUCUGGAGUUACCGGUGGAGGAAAUGUAUUGCAUAAUGACCAUUACUGCUGGAUGCGUCCUGAGGACAUUCAUUUUAAAAGGACUGUAUUUCAAUGCUACAGUGGCUGCUCGGAUCUUGCUGCAGAGAUGGCAGCUGCUCUGGCUUCAGCAUCCAUUGUAUUCAAGGACAACAGAUUAUAUUCGGCAAAGCUUGUUCACGGUGCUAAGACGCUCUAUAAGUUUGCAAUUACUAAUGAAAAUAGAUACAGUAAACCUGGUGAAGAGUCUAGCAAAUUUUAUAACUCUAGCAUGUAUGAGGAUGAGUUAUUAUGGGGUGGGGCUUGGCUGUAUUAUGCUACUGGAAAUGUAACUUAUCUAGAAGAAGUUACCAGUCACUACAUGGCCAAGAAAACUGGUGCCUUCGGGAAUAGCCCUUAUUAUGGUGUGUUUAGCUGGGACAACAAGCUUCCAGGGGCUCAGUUGUUGUUAACCCGGAUGAGGCUGUUUCUGAGCCCUGGAUAUCCAUAUGAAGAACUUUUAAGCGCAUUUCAUAACCAAACAGGCAGAGUUAUGUGCUCCUACUUGCCUUAUUACAAAAAAUUUAACAGAACUAAUGGAGGUUUGAUUCAGUUGAACCAUGGAGCUCCACAGCCUCUCCAAUAUGUUGCAAAUGCGGCUUUCUUAGCGGCGCUAUUCAGUGAUUAUCUAGAUGCUGCUGAUACUCCUGGAUGGUACUGUGGUCCUAACUUCUAUACUACUGAAUCCCUACGCGACUUUUCAAGAUCCCAGAUUGAUUACAUACUUGGUAAAAACCCUCGGAAGAUGAGUUAUGUUGUGGGUUAUGGGCAACGGUACCCGAAACAAGUGCAUCACAGAGGAGCUUCAAUUCCAAAGAACAAGAGAGAAACCUGCACAGGAGGAUUGAAAUGGAAAAAGAGCAAAAAAGGUAACCCAAACACGAUUGAUGGAGCAAUGGUUGCUGGACCAGACAAGCAUGACGGAUUCCAUGAUGUUCGAGCAAACUACAACUACACUGAACCGACUCUAGCGGGUAAUGCGGGUCUAGUCGCCGCUCUGGUGGCUUUAUCAGGAGAGAAAGCUGUUGGUGGUAUAGACAAAAACACUAUGUUCUCUGCCGUACCUCCAUUGCUCAUGGCUACACCGCCGCCUCCAGCACCUUGGACACCUUGAAAGAACUAAACUUUUAGAAUGUAAUAAGUCAUUUUUUUGCCUAAAUAAAAAGUAGUUUCAAGUCAUAAAAAGUAGUUUUCUUUAGCUUAUUACAUAAAAUGUGGUCUGAGAAACCAAACAUUGAUUGUUUUCUCUCUGGGUUUUGUGAUGUAUACAGUGUAUAUUCUUUGUUUUCUAAUUUGUAAGUAGUUGCGUGAGAAGGAAGAAAGGUUUUAUGCUUUA